CGGGAGCGGAGGAUGAAGAAGGCGGCGGCGGCGGCGGUGAUGGUGUCGGGCUCCCUGCUGCUCCUGCUCCUCCUGCUGCUGCCCGGGCCCUCCGCCGCCGACGACAAGAAGAAGGGACCCAAAGUCACCGCCAAGGUGUACUUCGACUUGAGGAUUGGGGAUGAAGAUGCGGGCCGCGUGGUCAUCGGCCUGUUCGGGAAGACGGUGCCAAAGACGGUGGACAACUUCGUGGCGUUGGCCACCGGAGAGAAAGGGUUUGGCUUCAAGGACAGCAAGUUCCACCGAGUGAUCAAGGACUUCAUGAUCCAGGGAGGAGACUUCACGAGGGGUGACGGCACCGGAGGCAAGAGCAUCUACGGGGACCGCUUCCCCGAUGAGAACUUCAAGCUGAAGCAUUACGGGCCCGGCUGGGUGAGCAUGGCCAACGCGGGCAAGGACACCAACGGCUCCCAGUUCUUCAUCACCACCGUCAAGACGUCCUGGUUGGACGGCAAGCACGUUGUGUUCGGCAAAGUCCUGGAGGGCAUGGACGUGGUGCGGAAGGUAGAGAGCACCAAGACGGACGGGCGCGACAAGCCGCUGAAGGACGUGACCAUCACGGACUGUGGCAAGAUCGAGGUGGAGAAGCCCUUUGCCAUCGCCAAGGAGUGAGGGCCCCCGUCCCCCUGUGCCCUCGGCACAGCCCCAGGUGCUGGAAAUGUCUGUCUCUCUCCCCCUCCCUCACAUUCCACAGCCCCUCAGGCCCAAUUUUGUAAAGAAACCCAUACGCCAAUAAAGAGGAGGGUGUUUUUA